AUGGCGUCAUACGCGAUGGACGCUCUCCGCAGGCAGUUUUGCCCGUCUCCGACUGCUUCGUCAGACGCGUCGGACGACGGAAUUGCCUCGAGUUCUGAGGGACUGCCGCCGUCGGGAUAUGUUUCGGAAGCGAUGAUGCAGAUGGCUUCGAAUGCGACGCAGACAGAUUCAAGCGAAGCCGCCGGAAGAAACCCAAUGGACAACGCCGCGGAAGACAUCGAUAUGGAGGAUGCGACUGCCCAGCCUGAAUCUAAUGGGCACACGGACGCAGACGACAUCAACUACUACUUCUGCGGCGAGGACGACACUGACUACACCGAGGGUGACGCCAGGAUGGUGGUUGCGAACGAGGCCGACAGAGAGAUUGCGGCCCUGGCACUGACUCCGAAUCUGUCUACUAAGAUUCAGGAAGCGCUGGUGGCCAGGAGAGAGUCGAACCUGAUCCUAAACUCGUUGAAGCUCAGGAGAGACGCCCUCAUGGAGGAAGACCAAACGCUGUCCGAGAAAUGGCAGUACUACGAUUACCUUACGACAGGCGCGUGCGGCAACCCGGACGACGACGACGUGUAUGAAGAGCUCAACAAGAUCGACUUCAGGCGCCAGGAGAUUCAAGUCGCGAACUCAAGGCUGGACGAAGUAGGAAUUGCGGAGCUGGAGCGCCGUUGCAACUGGCAGGAACAGAUUGAUGCUGUCCUCGAGGCGGUUUUCAUCAACUGCAAGCUUAUUCCUUUGCCCGACCAGCCGCCCAAAGUUGAGCCUUACAGGUUCGACGACGAGAUCAAGGAGACUGUCGAAGCCACGGAGCCUGUCGAAGCCACGGAACCUGUCGAAGCCAUGGAACCUGUCGAAGCCAUAGAAAUGGAACGCGACGAGCAAAAGACAAACUUGCCCGACGCCGAUGUAGCGGUCAGCCAUUCUGAGCCCGCGGUCGGCCGUUCCGAACCCGCGCCGAUUGGUGUCGAGGACAAUAGCUGGGACACACCGGCCGGUUUUGAGUUUGCACCGGUGGACGCCGAGGCCAUUAGCAGUGACAUGCCGGAAAACUCUGACGGAGAGUCGAACGACAACGCCAAGAUCAUCGUCGACUACAGGAAGGCCAAGAGGGAAUUCCGUUCCGCGGAUGCUGACUUUACAUCUUGGCAAGCAAUGCAUUCGAGGUUCCCGAAGCACUUGGCGCCGGAAGAGUCUGUUGAGAGACUGAAGCACGGUCAAGAGCUGACGCGUAGGUUGAUCGAGAAGGAAGAGGCGUUGAAUGCUGUCAGGGAACGUGCAAACGAGGCUGGAGUCCAAGUGGAAUUUGACCAAAGGACCGACUUCGACGACCCCACUGAUGGUUACCCCAUGAGCUUGGAGGAAGACUGGAUUGCAAGCGGUGACCUGCCACGGAUCGAGGGUUGGCUUGCGAAGCUUCCUUUGCGAGAGGAGUACAGCUCGCCAUUUUCAACGGAGAAUGGUACCGAAGGCUUCUGGAGUCAACUCGAAGAAGUCCAGUUCAACGAUGAGCCUGAAUGGUUGCAUAAGUUGUACGCUGCCAAGGGGACUUGGGACCGGGAGCAAAUCGACAAGUGGGAGGCUGACCAGCAGAUGAACCGAGACACCUGGCAGCCAACUUUCCCUAGUGGACCUCGCAAUUCUUUUGGAUAUUAA